UCCCAAACCGGACGCAGAACAAAGUUCAGCCAUGGCCGAGAGACGCAUUCCCUUCACCUUCAUGCACGGCCCGUCCUGGGACCCUUUCCGCGACUGGUACCAGGGCAGCAGGCUCUUCGAUCAGACCUUCGGGAUGCCACACUUCUCCGAGGAGAUGCCCACCUUCCCCAGCACGCACUGGCCGGGAUACAUCCGGCCCUUCGGGUUUCCAGAGAUGGCCUCUUUAAUGCAGAGCCCGGUGGCUCAGGUGCCCAUGUCGCCCCCGGCCUCCGUCGUCCACCCCCCGAACUACGGCCGGGCCCUGUCCCGACAGAUGAGCUCGGGGAUGUCCGAGAUAAAGCAGACGCCGGACGCCUGGAAGAUCAGCCUGGACGUCAAUCACUUCGCCCCGGAGGAGCUGACGGUGAAGACCAAGGACGGGGUGGUGGAGAUCACCGGCAAACACGAGGAGAGGAAAGACGAACACGGCUUCGUGUCCAGAUGUUUCACCAGGAAAUACACUCUGCCCUCUGGUGUGGACUCUGAGAAGAUCAGCUCGUCUCUGUCUCCUGAGGGCGUCCUGACGGUCGAAGCUCCUCUGCCCAAACCUGCCAUCCAGGGCUCUGAGAUCAACAUCCCCGUCAACACAAGCAGUGCAGUGACAAAGAAACCCUGAGCACUACAACACACACACACACACACACACACACACACACACACACACACACACUGGCUGAUCACUGUGUUACUUUGAGUUUGUUUUCUUCAGCAUGAACGCAUAUGUUCUAUAUUAAUGUCUUGAUACUUCUUUGUAAAAAGCAGGUAGAAGAGGAGAAAAUGCUAUAUUGCAUUCCCAUCUAAUUUUUAAUAGCACUCUUUUUCAUCAGUCUCUGUAUCAUCCUUCUCAACUGUGUACACACAAAUCACUAAAAAACAUGCUCAUAUUUAAUCCCUGAAUCGAAAAGUCUAAAAUAUAUAUGUGUGAAUAUAUAUAUAUAUAUAUAUAUAUAUAUAUAUAUAUAUAUAUAUAUAAUGCAACAUUGAAACAUAUUACCCCAUCAUUGAAAUCGACAUUACAUGUUGAAGAACAAAAUAAAGGACAAUUGUGCAUGUAGAUUCUGGUAGCAUUGGUUUAUAUAUGUUUUUAUAUUGUCUGGAGGGUUUGAUUUUACUGAAUGUGAAUGUUUUUGCACUACAGUAAGAAUUGAAAAAUAAUGCAACGAUGCAAACGGUCCUAAAAUAUGGAAAAAAAACCCGAUUUUGAGAUGAACUACGGCCAUGACGUUUCUUUAGGAGCUUCACAAACCUGCAGUUUCAGCAUAUGCUGGUAAACCAUAAAGACUCUCAUAUGAAACUGAAAACGAAGGACAGCCUGUUUCCGUUUGAAAUGAGAGAAAAAAAGAAGUUUACUCUUGAUUUUUAUCAUAGAAAUGCAGGCUAUCAUGGUCGUUUCAGCAGAGAGUGUCUUCAGAUCGCUCUCUCUUGGUUUUGUGAGGCAUUACAUAAUGUUUUAAAUGACUGUAAUAAAGGCUUUCCCGUCAUGAGCUGUAUUUCUGAAUAUCCUCACGGUGGAGUUGGGAAUAAACAUCUUCAGGCAGGCUGGAUUAUCUGGUGUUUAUCUCUCUGAUCACAACUAUUUAAUUUUACAUUUUUACCAUAUUUAAAUGACACAAAUCCCGACAGCACUUGCUAAGUCACACAACAGGAAAGCGUUUAGUCACAUAUUUCACCAAUGCAAACAUAAAAUCGAUACGAUUAUUGACUGUAACUAUACGGGUUGCCUUAAAAUAGCACUGAUGAGACGGAAACUGGUAGAAACCCCUUUAAUAUGUAACGCGCAUUGUGGGAAAUGUAUUAUGCAUCAUGCACUUGAUAGUGUAGUCAUGCAUGCUUCAUCUACUGAAGCAGCAUCUGUAUGCAUGUUUCAUGUUCACCGCACACGCUUUUCAUCACUGUGUUAAUAUCACCCUUGCAUUUCUGCGGUGAACGCAUUACAGAGGUUUUUAACCCAGCGUGGUGCUUCAGGAGAUAGUUGAGAUCUGAAGGAAACUGCGCUGAUGAACUGUAUUGAUUCUGACAGCUCUGAACAAAGAUUGCCUGAGUGCAUGAGCCAACAGACCACUCAAAAGUGCAAUGUGCUGUUAGCAUUAUGUCAUUUUAGAUUGUCGUUCGUUUCAUGUUCAUUUUGCAUAUUGAAAUGAUGACGCGUUAUAAAGGCAAUGACGUUU